UCGGUCGACGGAGGGAACUUUUGGAAGAUUGCCCACGAUUUUCUGCUUCAGAUGAAGUGGGAGAAUGGAUUCUGCUGUCCUGGACAUCGAAGGUCCAGGUGAGUGAGCUCCUCGCGCGAUGACCUCCCAGGGCUUUUCGUUUCCUCCUCCCCCUCCUCCGCCUCCGCCGCAACAGAGCUUCCCGACUGGUCCUACACCUCCAUACGGACAAGCCGCCAACUAUGUUCCGCGGGGUGGACGAGGCGCUGGCGGGCAAUAUCGGGGACGGGGACGCGGAUAUGGGAAUCGGGGUGGUCGAGGAGGGUAUCAUGGCUCCUCUGAUCCUAGUUACUCUGGAAAUUACCAUACGAAUGCGAACUCUCUAGCUAAUCAAAGCUACUCUCCCGUCAAUUACGGUGCAUAUCCUCCACCUUUCCCAGCGGCAUCAAAUCACGCGUCAUCCUCGCCCUACAAUGCUGCUCAGUCCUCGCAAUACCAGGCACCCCACGCUCAGCCGGGCUAUACUCAUCCACAAACUUACUCCGCAACGACACCGUACUCGCGUCGUCCAAGCUACGAUGCAGGCUAUGGCAGCUCCAACCAACGGCAACCCCAGUCUCCCCCGUAUGCGGCUGCAACGCCCUCCUACGUUCCCCCUGUUCCUGGUCAACAGGCGGUGUCAGUAUCGGCGCCGGUAAUGGGCCCGCCGCUGCGCUGGGGAUUUGAAGAUCGCAGUUCAGCAGGUUACACUGGAACUCAUCGUGGUGCUCAUGGCCCCCACGGACCUCGAACAUCCAACGCAUACAGCCAACAUUCUACUUUUUCCGGUCAGGGUCAGAAGAGGCCACACGCAUCUGCCUUUGGAAAGCCGGCGACAACGGCACCGCGAGUACCUGCACCGCCAGCAGUUCCCAGCUUUGGCAACCCGUUACCGUCCAAGCCUCCGCCUGCGGUUGAUGCUACGCGGAAACCCAAAAAGAAAAAACGCCGUCAUAACCAGCUUGGCCUCACACCCAAGACGGACGAGCACGAAUCCAGCGAGGAGGAAGAUGACGUUGACGAGGAAGCAAGGCUGGCCCAGAGCGGCGAGGCUGGGUCUUUACGGUUCACGUACAAAGGGAGAACAUCGACCCUGCAGUCACAGGCGGACAUUGCAGCUUGGAUCGAGGAACGAAAGAAGCGUUUCCCCACGAAACAACGGGUAGAGGAGCGCAAGAAGGCGCAGGAGGAAGCACAACGAGCACGCAACGAGGCCCUGAAGCAGAAGCAGAAGCAGAGAGAAGAGGCUAAGCAGAGACAGAAAGAAGCCCGUGCCAAACAGGAGCAGGCAAAGGAGGAGCGGAAGGCUGCUGCAGAAGGAUCGGCGGAUCCGCUAGACGCUGCGGCCAAAGCACGGCUCAAAGCGGACAAACUACGGCGCAAGCUGAUGAAGGAAGAGAAGCGGGUUGCUAAGGCCGAGGCGGAUGCCGAGCGGGCUCGGUUAGAGGCUGAGGCGUUGAAGAACGCAUCCGGUCAUGAUACAGGUGCUCAAGGUUCUGUCCAGGAGGCUGCCCCCAGGGCGGAAGGGGCGGAUGAGUCUGCCACUGUGAAAGACGCCAUUGCUGUUGAGCCUUCUGAUGAAGCUACCGCUGCCUCUCAUGUCCUUCCGGAGGGCGUGUCUGCAGCCCCUGGAGAGAAUGGCACACAGGGUGUUCAAGGCAUGGAGAUAGACGCUGCCGCGUCGAUAUCGGAGAUGUCUGAUACGAGCGACGAGACGUCCUCGAGCGGAUCGGACUUGUCAUCGGACGAUUCAUGGGACAGCGGAAGCGAUAGUGGCAGCGAUGGCGAUAGUGAUUCCGCCCCGGAGGAAGUAUCGUCCCGACGAGACGGGCCUGAGCGGGUGCCACCGCCCCCACGGGAGGCGCCGAAGAAGAAAUUAUGCCAUAACUUUGUCCAAAAAGGUCGUUGUUCACGGGGUGACCAGUGCCGCUUCUCCCACGACGUGUCGACAGCCAAGGCACAGACGAAGCCGGCGGGCAAGAACGUCAAGGAGAAGACCGGGCGGAAGGGGCUUCUCCAGGCGCUUCUGGCCCGCCAGCGGGACGAUGAGGAUCAACGAGUUAUGCAGACGAUCAUGUGGCUCGGCGAACAUGGGAUGCUCGACACUCCCGACGAGCCUGGACAGGAGACGACCGGUGAAGUCAAGGCAGAAUCCGCCGCCGGUCUUCCUCCUCGUCCUCCUUCUCCUCAUCCUGAGGCGACGACUGAGAAUGUCAUCGCAUCUGGAGCGGAGACAACUGCCGUCACGAAUGCGGAAUGAUUGAUGUACUCUAUUUCUUCUUGGCCUAUCCAACUCUGCCCGUAUAUUAUUUGCUGGCAGUGUCUAUACACGGCGUUCUAUGUGGGAGAUCGGGCGACAUAAAAAGACAGGACAUACGGUAGACUCUAGCUGUGGAUGAUCUUUAGAGGCAAAAAAAGCUAUUAUUCUCAUCCCGUCGCUUUAUCUUUCCUGGUGUUCCAGUAAUUAGUAUUAUUAUUAUUAUUAUUAUUAAGUUAGUUAUCGUCGGG